CUCUUGCAGGAGGGUCGUAGACCGCAGUUUAUUUUAGAGAACGUUGGGAGCUGACGCUUCCCAACGACGUCCCACAAUCAUGUUGCUCUGGCCCUGGGACGAUUGGGUCCGACCCAUACGAACAUUGUUUUCACGUAGACGCCGAUCCCGCUGGAAAGAAAAGUGGGACAAAGGUGUUUGCUGUUAUUGCAAACUUCCAUUUGAUUCUGGUAAAAAACGACGUGUAGUUGAUUCUUGUGGACAUCAUCGCUGUUAUGCCUGCCUUUGUGCUCAAGACGCUUGUCCUGUUUGCUCACGAGAAGUGGUUGUCUACAAAUCACUACAAAAUUCUCAACGCGUCCGUGAAAAAAACGAGAUUCAAGAUUCGAACGAAACUUAUCGUAAGAGAAUGAAAAUCAGCAACGAGUCUGGAAAAGAUUCGGCUGAUGAAAACAAUCUUGUUAUAUGUCAUGACAAGAGGAAUUCAAAGCGUUUUUCUCAAAUUUCUAAUAUAAGUGUAGAAUUUUCUUUUGAUGCGACAUUUCCAAGUUCAGCAGCUAACAACAUCACGCUGAAGCCAUUGUACUUUGAAGUUCCACAAACAGAUGAAGUUUCCUCAUUUCUGUACAGAGACUGGAUAUUCCAAGAAAUCAGCAAGGUCAUUGGGAUGUCUAAUUUGAAAGGAAUCCUCUUAGUUGGAGACGAAGGGUGUGGCAAAACAUCUCUAAUUCUUCAACUUGUAGACUGGAGUUCUUUCGGACGCAAGCGUAAAUCGGGUAUCCUAAAUGACGUCGCACUAAGUUCACUGGAAAUGUUCGAAAGAUUGGCUUCUCAAGUUGUCGGGUAUCAUUUCUGCCAGAUGGACUGCAGAGAAACAUGUUUAAUUCCAGAUUUUAUUCACAGUUUAGCCGCUCAACUUUGUCAAGCUCCACAGCUGCCAGAAUAUAGAAACUUCCUUUUACAGGAUGAAAGCUGUCAACAGCUAUUGAGUUUGGAAGCUUGCAUUGAAGAUCCAGAUAAGGCUUUCCAAAAAGGAAUACUAGAGCCAUUAAUAAAUCUUUCAAAAUAUCCAGCAAGUCCAAGCAUUCUUGUGAUUGACAGUGUCCAUGAAUCGGAAAGUCCAUCACGUUCCAUUUGUUCAUUCCUGGCUACUUAUAUAAACAGAUUCCCAUCUUGGCUAAAGGUUGUGAUGAGUGUGAACAUCGAUAAUGUGAAUAUGGUCACGCUUUUACCUUUGCAUCGUAUCAAUCUAGACUGUGCCAUGGCCAAAGUUCGAGAUGAUCUUCUCCGAUAUAUUAAGUGUAGAAUAAACAGUGGCUCUGCUCUUCAGGCGAACAUUUCUGCUUGUCGUGAUGAGAAGCAAAUUUCCAGAUUUGCUGAGCAUCUUGCGUCAGGUGAAAAUGCCACAUUCCUAUUUGUGAAACUUGUCCUGGAUUUGUUACAGCAAAAUCAUUUAGUUAUCAAAAGUAGUUCCUUCAACGUCAUUCCGGUAUCUCUGGAUGAAAUCUUCACAUUGAUGUUCAGCUUGAGAUUUCCCACCUCAGCUACUUUUUCCAAGGUAAAACCAAUUUUGGAAAUAUGCCUGGCUUCUCUAAGGCCGCUGACUGCUGUGGAAAUUUUUUACAGCUUAGAAGCUGCAUCUGUUAUACCCUCUUUUUCAUGGUCAGAUUUUACGCAGACUCUCAGGACUCUCUCAGGUAUUCUCAUCCAGAGAAAAGACGAAUCUCUCAUGCUGUCUCAUCCAUCUCUACGCCGCUGGUUACUAAAGACCAACAAAUUCAGCUGCGAUGUCAGAAAUGGCCACUCGUAUCUCACCGUGCUUCCUGCAAGGCUGCGUUAUCCAAUAACUCCAGAAAAACAAUCAGAAGUCAUUUACCACCUGUGUCGCUCUAACCUUUUCGAAAAAGAGGAAGGUCUGAAAGCUCUUUUGUUGCAUCAUUCCUUAGAUACACCCACAGUCCUUAUCAAAGCACCACGAAUUUUAUUUUGGACGGACGAAGAGAUCAUUCGUUUACUCAUGAAAGCCGGAGCUAAUCCUAAUUCCCAAAUGGAUACUCUGAAAAGACAACCGAUUCUCAAUUUAGCAUGCAAAAUUGGAUUUUUAGAAAUAGUACGUUUAUUGUUAGAAUUUGGUGCUGACCCAAACUCGUCAGAUGAUUUUGGGAAAACACCUGCAAUGGAAGCGGCUGAUCACGGACAUUUGAAAAUUGUGCAAAUUUUGCUUUCUUCAGGAGCAAAGAUCCAUGAGCAAGAUGAAAUCGGGAGAUGUGUUCUGAGUUAUGCUGCAGAGAAAGGACAUCCUCAUAUUGUGGCCCUUUUAAUGGAGAGCAAAAGUUGGCCUUCACCCUUUCUUCGUUCUCAGGCAAUCCACAGAGCUUUAGUUGCUGCUUACGGAAAUCGCAAUUUGCAGAUGUGUGAGUAUUUAAUCAAGGUCAGCGAUGACUUUGAGAAAUUAUUCCAAGGAUUCAAGAUGGCUUGCUCACUGGGACAAAAGGCGGUUUGUCAGUUUUUUCUCGAUAAUACCAUAACUGGACACGACAUAUUACUCCAGGCAGCUGCCCGUGGGGAUCUUCCAAUGCUACAGACACUAGCAGAUAAAGGUUGUUCUUUAGAUAUAAAGGACAAAAAUGGUCGAACAGCUCUUAUGUGGGCUUGUAUAUACCGUAAAAUCGAUGCAGUUCGUUUCUUAAUCGAGAAAGGAGCAAACUUAAAGUCUAAAGAUCCUUGCACUCCUCUUCAUAUGGCAGCAAUACAUGCUGAUGAAAAUAUCAUAACAUUACUUUUGACCAAAGGCGCAGAUUCCGAGGUUAGAAAUAGAGAAAACUUAACACCUUUAGAAUGUGCCAUUUCUGCUCGAAAUGUUUCGACAACAUUAGGAUUGUUGAAAGGAGGAGUCACUAUCGGCUCUGAUGCUUUCAAAUAUGCUCAAGGUCAUCUGAAGAUAUAUUCUUUAUUGCUAGACAAAUUACUUAGUGAUGGAGUUUUGCUUUAUGAAAAAGGAAAUUUUACUGAGGCAAGUCAUCGUUUUCAGUUUGCUUUAGGAAAGGCUUGUUUUGGUGAAAAUCUUGAGCUUAUUCGAAAUCAUUUACAAGAAGGUCUUCAUCGCUGCAAGCUUAAAAUGAGCAUGAAAAACGAGGGACUAGAAAAUGAUGGACAGAAAUUGAUCAAGCCAAUGAUGGGUGCAGCUUUGAUGGAUACAACUAAUAUUAAUUCUGUUCCUUAUUGUAAAUAACUUAAUUAUAUUGAUUUAAAUAUUUUUGUGCUUGAAACUUAAAAGAAAUUUAAGUUAAUAAAUGUUUGAGAUUUUUUUUUUGUAUUUGUACAACGAAAUGAAUCUGUCAUAGUCAAAUUCUUUGU